AAUAUAGAUAGCGCUAUUACACAAGUUGAAACACAAUCAAAUGCAGUAUCAGAAACUGAGCGACCAUCUAGAGGAAGUCGAACUUUUAAUAAUAACCAAGUUCAAAUCAGGCCCUUUAAUAGCAGAAGAAGUCGAACAAAAAGGCAAGUAGAGUUUGGAAACAGAAAUGAUAAUAGCAGAAGUUAUAGAAGUAGACAACCAGUUAAAAAUACGGCUGUAGAUUAUUAUUAUGAAGAUGAUUAUGUUGAACAAGAAACUCCAGCACCAGUAAGAACGCCUCCUCCCACAAGAAGGCAACCAAGUAGAUCUAGAMAACAACAACAGCAACAACAACAAAGGUUAACACCCACCACAUCUUCAUCUAAUGUUGGAAGAUCGCAAUUCACUUUACGUGAAAAGACUCCAACAACAAUGGCUCCGGCAACUACAUCAAGGUCAUCGAAUUUCAGAAGGACACGGCCACCUGUACCACAAGAAACAACUACUUCUAAAAGAUUAUCUAGGUUAAGAUACCCAACUACAACACCAGAGCCAAUUCGAAACAACCGCCGUUAUACUCCUUCGGCUCGCAGACAAAAUACACGAACGAGAUUCAGAGAAGAUAUAAACACGUUUUCUAAUACUCAAACUAUUUUUGAUGGGUCAAUCACAGUUACACAUAAGAUUCCAACAGAAUUAACAAUACCUAUAAUUAUUGGGAAAAACACGGAAUACAAACAAGUGUUGACGGCGAAGCCCAGUAUUGAAAUACUUGGACCUCAUCAAUAUAGUACUGUAGCAGGUAAAAAUGGUUAUCCAACAAUUCAACUUGUUAGAGAAGUCACUGAAACAUUACCAAAUGGAGCGACCGAAAUAACUAAGUUUGUCAUUUAUGAACAACCAACAAGUAGUAUAACAUUCACUCCUACUUAUAUAAGAGGAAGAAAAACAUCUUAUUCUCAUAUAAUUCCGAGCACCAUAUAUGAAGUGAAACCUGAAGUAAAUACAAUUCAGCCACAACAAUUAGCUAACGCUCCAUUAGCCAAUUUAUUACUGUMACAACUACUAUUAGGUAACUUAGGAAUUCAGCCCACAGUAAAUCCAUUAUUAGCUUUAAAUUCAGCUAUGGCUACACCUCAGUUACCAACAACCGAGUUCAAGACGAAAAGUACAACUUAUGUGACUACAGUUACUCACUCUACAUCAACUGUAUUGCCAAUAACUUUCAGGGGAAAAGUCAUAUCAACAACAGUGAUUGACAGUUCUACAAAUGUUAUUACGGCAACUGAAUAUAUUACUGAAACAAUAGUUACUACUCCUACAGUACAACAAACUAAUAAUCAACUAAAUACAUUGCUAUUACCUGCUUUACUUCAAGCUCAAUUACUAGGACAAGUCACUACAACAAAUACUUUAAUUGGUAGUAUUGAUUCUACACAAGAGGAACUUCUUCAAGAAUUAAUUGAACCAACUCCAAAGUAUGAAGAUUCCUCUUCAAAAGAUGAAACUAAACCAUCGAAAAAAAAAAUUGUUACCAAAAAACCACCAGAUCCUGCUAUACAACCAGCGGAAGCAAGUGUUGUGACAUUAUAUGUAUCCGGUAAAAGACCAGGAGAAUUUAGUACUGUUUUAUCUACAGUAAGUWAUGAUGAAACGGCAACCGUUCGAAAACGUGAAGUAGAGCCUUCAUCAGUAAUAGAUUUAACGGCGACUGUAUAUGAUGAUAUUCUUUUAUCAUCUACUGACGAUGAUCAAAUCCAAAGAUAUAACGAAGAAGAAACUCAAAGCUUAGAAAGUAUAUUAGGUGAUGUAAGUAAAAAUGUAAAAAUAGAAAACCGUGCUACAAAAGUCAACAUAGUACUUGUUGAACCAUCUUCUCAACAAAAUCAAGAAACUACCGGUCAUUUUUUAUUGAAAGGCUCCGCUGAUACUCCAGUUCAGCGGGAAGUCGUAAAAUCUAAAAUCUGGAGUUCAAAAAAUCGAACAAAAAGAAACACGCCUAACUUUCUAUCCACUAAGGACGUAUUUCUGUUUGAUUUUCCAAAAAAACCGAAAAAUUACUUAACUCAAAGCAUUAUGAAUAAUGUUGGUGAUAGGGAAAAUUCUUCUUUUACUUUAUCAAAAAUUCUACAAGACUAUAAUAUUGACGCCAAAGUUGAAGAACAAAGGGCAUUUGACGAAAGGCGUUUUAAUUUUGCUACAAAAAAAAUGAGUAAUGGUGUCGAAGUAAUCGUUGCUGGAGAUAAAAGUACUUAUCCCGGCCAAGCCAAUGUACUAAGAGUAUUACCUACAUCACAAGCUAAACCCAUAACACUAGCUCCAAGCACAUUAACUGAUCACAUGCUUAUGAUGCUACCCCACCCCAUCAAACAAAGCAUGAAUAACCAAUUUGUUACCAAAACAUAUCUUACUACAUAUACAUAUUUAACUACAUUUCUGGAUGAAGAAACUACAGUAGUAUCCAGUCGAGAAAAGGUGGUAUCUAACGUUGUAACCGAUGAAGUAAACAAAAUAACUCCUACUUCAACUCAUAGUCAAGUUACAUUAACAGCUAGUCCAAGUUUAGAAACAGGCAUCUAUCACACAACGUAUACAUAUUUAAAUACUAUUGUUGAUGGUGAUAUUCCACUAGUAAUGACUAGUCGAAAAACUGUGGCUAACACAGUUACAGCUCCCCAUGAGUUUCUCACUCCGUUACAACCAUCUGAACCCGCAUAUCAUAACACUAACACCUAUCUAAACACAGUUUCGUUUACUAAAACUUUGAAUGAUGGGCCUGAUUAUACAGUCGUAAGUACAGAAGAUAUACUAACACAAGUAAUAAUUACCCAGACAGACAAUACGCCAACAAUGGAUACAUCUAAAUUAAUAGAAGAAAGUACAAUGACAGAUGUAACUAAAACUUAUCAUGUUACUUACACAUAUCUUAAUACAAUUCAAGAUGGAGAUCACACCAUCGUAAAAUCAGAUAUUUCCAUAUCAUCUGAUAUAGUUACAGAAAAGUAUCUAAUGCCUACUAAAACUAAUGAAAUACAGCCUACACCUACUGUUGAUAAAUUACCUUUUCAUUUGUAUGCAACUAAAACUUAUCUAACAACUUUUACUUAUUUUACAACAUUAUUAAAAGAUAAUGACGGUAAAAAUCCAUCAAUUACACAAGUUAAAUCCAGAACUAAAAUUGUCCAGAAUAUAGUAACUGAAUCAUUAAACACUUCAAUUUUUAAUUCAAAUUAUUUAUCUUCAAUAAGUUCUUCAGUACAAAAUGAAAAAAUACCUAUCACUGCCACUGCCACUUUAGAUAACGGUCAACGAAUAGAAUUCACUGCUAUGAAUAAUUUAUUGCCAACUGAACAAAUUGAAAUAAGCACAACUCAUAAUAUUCAAACUCAAGAAACUCAAAAACCAAUUAUUAAUGAAAACAGUUUUAAGCCAAUUGAAAAACUUAAAGAAACAAUUAAACCAUCAAGUGUUAGUAAAGUUUCACAAAAGACUGAAAUCCAAAAACCACCAAAAAAAAGCACUCCACCAAAAUCAGAACAAAAAAUUCCUGUAAAUCCAAUACCCGUUAAGCCAGAUAACACUAAUGUCGGAGGACUAAUCGAUUUUGGAACAAUAGGGAGUAGUUUAACAGCUCUUAAGCCAGUUAUCAGUGCUGUUGCUGGUAUUAUUCAAAAUAAUUUGAAAAAUGACCAAAAAACUAAGAAUGCUCAUGUGCUACAAAAAUCAACGCCAAAACCAGUAAAACCAGAAACAACAAGCCGGGCUCCAAUUUAUAUACCAGUAGGUGGACUAGCAGAUUCUGAUGGAUCAGAAAGCCAACAAUAUCCAGACACUGAUCAGAGACACCCACAUGUUGGACCAGCAAGACCACCUGUAGAAGCGUCUUUACUAUCAGGAGGAAUUCCUAUUAGUCCCGGUGAAGUAAUUACAACAAACAGCGAUGUAAUUAUUGGUAAGCCAUCAGUAUUAGGUCCAAGGCCACCAAUGGAAAAUUCAAAGAAAGAAGAAAUAACUUUUGAUAUGAGACCUCCACCUCCUCCACCUUUGCAAUUCAAAGAUAAAAUUUCGGUUCCUAAUAAUAUCGCGAGAGAGCAUAUAAAACAUUCCUUACUACAUACUGAUAGAAAAAACACUCAACCUAUUCGACAUCAUGAAAAUAGAGUACAAUCUCAAUAUCAGCUAACUAAUGCACCAAUUAAAUCAGAGGUCAAUAUUAUACCACUGAGGAAGCCAGAUCCUUGGCCAACCAAGUUCGUAACUGAUGUUCAACCAUUGGUAUUGACAAACCCAGAUAUUCAACCUCAGGUUAACUAUGGAAACCAAGUAAUUACAUCAAAUCAACCAGCUUUUUUGGAGCAAUCUGCUGUUGAUCCAUUAUUAGUUAAUAUACAGCCAUCACAAGUCGCUCAGGUCGUGAUUCCACAUGGUAGCCAAACUGCAUUAAUAUACAGUGAUCAACCAGCAGUUGGUCAUGGUCCCAAAGGAGAAAUAUUUAACGACCCACAGCCAUAUCCUGAAAAUCAUGUUAAUCCAGGUUUUGUGGGAUUAGAAAUUUAUGGUACACUAAAUCCGACAAAUAAUGUUGCAUCAAAAAUACCAGCAAAUGCAAUGCACUUUGAUAUCCCAGUUUCUCCAGCUGGUAUUACUGUAGGUGAUUCAGAAUCACAUCAUUUAGUUUUAUAUGAUAACGAAACAGGAGAAGUAAAAACAAGACCCGUUCAGGUUUUAAAACCUCAAAGCCCAAAUAAUCAAUAUCUAACACCCCCAACAAUCUCUCAAGUUAACUCAUUUGUAAGGCAGCCCGAUGCUGCAUUGUCAGUCGAAGAUGAUUUACUACAAUUUGAAGAUGGUGAAGUAACUCAAGAAUCUAAAAAAACGCCUUUGAGACCUGGAGAAUUACCAUUUGGAGUUCAUAGCAGUGAGUCAGAUGAAGAUAGAACUCCAAUAAUUACUGGAAAACCUAUUGUCGGUAAUUUUAAAGGUGAAGAACAAACAUUAUCAAUCGGACAACCAAUAAAUAAUAAAGAACAAACAGAAUUAAAACCUGGAAAUUUUGUUGUGCCAAAUGAAAAUCGUCCAGAUUUACAGUAUAACAUUCAACAUUCUCACGAACAAAUUGCGAAUAAUACCAUGAAACAAAAUAAACAUGUAAAUAAUCAUCCUCCAAGAGAUGAUAUUCAACAAGCAAUGAAUAUGGAUGAAAAAUUACCACCUUUGCCAACAAUUAAACAUGAUAAUAAUGAUUUGAAUAGCCAAGGCAGUACACCACAACCAUCUAUAGUGAAACCAAAUCGUGAUAAUGAAGUUUUAGGCUUAUCCCCUCCUCCAGUUAUUACCCAUUCAUUAAAAUAUGAUAAUGUUACUCAAAGGCCUCAAGUAUCUAGGAUACCUUAUCGUCCUAAACCAAAACCUUCAACCUCUCCUCCAUACCAAUUUGAAAGACCACUAAACAGAAGGCCAUCAAUUCCACAUAAUAGUCAAGAAGAAAUGAUUUUAAAACCAUUAUCUACAACUGCAAAAAUUGAACCUGUUAAAAAAUGGGAGGUUUCAUUAAAUCCGAGACCGGAAUACAGACCAACCUAUAAAGAAGAAAAACCUGAAAUAAUAAAAGCAGAAAGUAAAGUUUUUAACCAAGGUUCGAGUAUAAAAUCACAAUUACAAGAAAAAACUAAAGAAAAUACGGUAAUUUUUAGUGAUCCUAUAACACAUGUAAUACCUACAAUUGUUACUCAAGAUACAACUAAAUGGAAUGAAUAUAGCCCUAUUUCAAGUACAGAGAGUAAAAUAGAAACAGUUCAAUCCACUACAGAAACCCCAGCAUUGACUUCAAUUACUACUGGAACUAUAAAAUCACACACAACACCGAUUAAACCAACUAGUAAGACCACUGAUUAUCAUAGUGUUAUAAGUGUUAUUAUCAAAAACGAAGAAAAGCCAGAAGAUAAAUCGAAUGAAAAUAUAAUUGAAAAUCCUACAACUCCCAAGCAAAAAUCACAGAUGAGACCACAAGUUACAAUCUUACAACUUCCAGAAAGACCAUCAUUCAUGGAUGACUUCCACAAGCAAUUACAAGGCUCAUCACUUCCAACGAGAUUUGUCACACAUACGCAAACAUUAUCAGUAACUAUAACAGAAACAACAGUUUUACAAAGUGACGGUUUCGAACCAUCUACUCAUACACUUAUUCUCACCAAAACCCAAACAUCUACAUUAGUAGACACAGUAACCGAAUUUCAUACAUUAGUGAAACCCACGCAAGUCUUGUCUACAAUUACAACUACCGUUCCAGCUCCAAUACGUUCUAACCCUGUUAUUCAAGUGCCGGUAGUGGAAGGCACAAAAACCAAAACAAUAAAUAUACCCCCAGAUGAAAAUGAAACAUUAUUAGUAGUUAUGACAGAUAAAAAAGGCGGAAACAAUGGAAUACCACCAGAAAUACAAGUUCCUGAUGAAACAAAUGAAAUAGGACCAAGUGACGUAUUACUAAGUGGCAUUCUAACUCAUUCAUCAGACACUGAAUGUCGACCUGAAUGCAAAGCGUCUAAAAAUGAAAUCUGCCAAAGAGUGGAAAAUACAAUGCGAUGCGUCUGUAGACCAGGUUUUGCAAGAAUGUUUUUGGACAGACCUUGUAAACCUACUUAUACAUAUACAAUGAAGUUAGUAUUGGACAGAUUCCGUAAAGAUCCCAUUAAAUAUUCUUCACAAUUAGACGAUCCUAGUUCUAAUCAAUAUCAAAAACUGACAGAAGCCACUAAAGAAGGAUUAAACCGUAUGUCAAUGCAGUCAGAUCUAAGAGAUAUUUAUCAUGGUGUAAUAGUUGGAGGUUUUGAACCAGAUGGAAAAAGUGAUAAAGCAGUGGUUUCGUAUAUAAUACAACUAUCUGAAAAUGCAGAAGAUAUUAAAUUAUGGGAAGCAACAAAAAAAUCACUUAGAGCCACAAACUAUAGUUUAGGAGGAACUGACAUAUUUGUUGCACGAGACCAAUUACAACAAUUAUCGGCGGAGGACUUUAAUGAAUGCAGUGAUUCAAAAUUCCACGACUGUUCGGAUAAUGCAAAAUGUUUUAAUUUACAUGGAACGUAUACAUGUAGCUGCAAAGAUGGAUUUUCCGACCUUUCACAUAAUACCCAAUUUCCAGGCAGAGUCUGUUCUUCUGAACUUAUUGGAUGUGACUUAUGUAAUUAUCAUGGAACAUGUUAUUUAAGUAACCAAGAUGAAAMGAUUUGUGAAUGUUUCCAAUGGUAUGCUGGUAAACACUGUCAGUUUAAUUUAAAAGUAUUAUUAUUGGGACUGAUUGCCAUUGGAGUGAUGUUACUAUCGCUUCUUGUUGCAUGUCUGUUAAUGGCUUGUUGUAAAAAGCAAUCCAGAGAGUCUGUAAUGGGUCUAUACCAACCUCAGCGUCCAGUAAUAGGUUUUAGACGUUAUAGGAACAUGAUAGCCACAACAAGAGGUGACAAAAGAGCAAUGAUCAGUGUCGAUACAGGUAGUGAAACAAGCGUCGACCAUACACCUCCUCCAUAUGUCAAACAAGUCGUGAACAUGCAGAGACAAACUCAUGCGCACGUCCAUUCCCAAAUGAAAACUCCAUCUCCAUCAAGUCACGGAGGCAACACUAUGCGAAGUGGAUUAGAACAACGAGAUAGAAGUCUUACUGUAAUGAUUCCAAGAGCCAAAUACCGACCAGCACCACAACAAGCUCCACCAUCCAUAUUGACUAUGUCAACUUUUGGACCGGAACAAAAAGCCAUGUCGUAUUUGGACUCUCGACAAACUCCGACAAAGGGAUCAAGAUGUAGUAGCAGAAAACCAAGUGAUUCUACACAGAGAUCUGUCGAAAUUCAACCACCUCAACGUAAAAAACAUUCUGCUCCUAAAAAACCAUCCACAGGUGCACUAGUGUCUGCUGGGUUCGAGGUUUCAGCUACAGUUGUAAAAACUAAAGAGCUAGACGAGGCAUACGUAUGUCGUGAAGAUAACAAACCAGAUUUUAAUACUGGCAGAACAACAGCUGCUAGAACUGUAUCUGUUGCAAGAUCGUUCGACGAGACAACCAUACAACCACCAACUAGAUGCUAUCAUCCAGAUAGUCAUUAUGAAUCUAAAUCACAGUAUUCGCAUAAAACGAAUGACGAGGGUCAUACGAUGGUUGAACGAGAUUUAGGCUCCACAUAUCUAAUGCCUCAGUCAAAACUUUACAAGCCAGACAAUAGAGGUAGUGACACAUCGAAUUUCGACUCCCUAUGACGGACUCGAUCUAUAAUUACCCGCUCAUGCCAUAUAUAAUAUUAUUAACAGUGAUGUGAGAACGUUUCAAUUUCGAUGGAUUGAUUAUCUCAAGAAUUUAUUAAUUGCUAAUUUUAUACACACAGAAAUAUCAUAAAUUAAACAUAUAUAUAUAUUUAUAUAUUAUAUAAAUAAUAUUUAAAAUAAA